AUGCUGCAGCUGGCGUCCUUUUGGUCGGAGCCCCCGCUGCAGGAGAGGGGCAUUGACGGCGACGGCGACGGCGACCACGCGGCGGUGGCGGAGGAGGAUGGCGCGGGUUCCCCCCUUGCCGGGGAGCAGCCGCAGCGGCGCGCGUCGUCGCGAGCCUCGCUGGCGGAUCGUGCGCGGGAGUGGGUGAUCGACGUUGCGGCGACGCAGCGCUUCGCCGACGGGGUGACGGAGUUGGAGCAGACGCAGAUGCGGCGGCUCUGCUGUAGGGUCUGCUGGACCUACACCACCUUCACGCGAUCGAGGGAGACGAACGGCAGACUCGUGGCGCAGUCCGUCGGCGAGAGGCCCGUCACCCUGCAGCGCAUCAUCCGCCGCAUUCUGGAGGACCCCGUGCCCAAUUCCACGCUGCUGGAGCUGCUCGCCGUGCUUCUCUCGCAGGAGGAGACGGAGAAGUACCUCGUCGCGCUCUUCAGGAAGACGCAGCUCCCCCGCGCCGUUUUCGACUGCGUCACGGCGGAGGUCCGGCGGCUGGAGGAGGAGGAGGCGGCGGCGGCGGAGUCGUCGUCGGAUGCGGUGCAGCGGCAGCGGCAGCGGCUGCGGCGGCAGCGCAAAGCGAUAUUGGGGCAGCUCUUCUGCUUUCUCUCCGCCUCGUCGGUGAACACGCUGGGCGAGAAAAAGCCGCGGGUGUGUGCGUACUACCGCAGCAGCCCGUCCAACUUCUGUUGGAUGGGCCACCUCUGCCGGCACCUGCACCCGCAGAACCGGGCCGCGCAGCGUCGCCCGUUCAUCUCGAACGCGUCCUCGGACCUGGUGGCCACUGUCACCGCACUCCUCAACGGCUUCGGCUACGGCGACCCGUGCGAGGCGGCGGAGGAGGCCUCGCCGGAGGAAGCAGGCAGCAACCCACGCCCCGGGGAGGGCGACGGCGGCAACGGCGCCGGCUGCUCAGCGACGAGGGAGGUGGAGAACGCGAAUGCGGUGUCUACUGGGCAACUUCCUCUCACCUCCCCGGCGCCUACGACGCCUGCUGCUACUGCUGCUGGGAUUAGUAGCAGGGCAACGGGCUGUGCUGUUGGGGAUGCGGCCAAGGUGGAGCUCCGCCUCGCCGAUGUGCUGGGCGGCACCUCCAUGCUGCCGGAGGACCUCUUGCAGCAGUGCGCCGAGCUCUUGCUCGACUACCUGGCAGAGGAGGACGCCGACUCGGCGGAGCAGGAAAAGGAAAGGGUGCAGGAGCAGGCGGAGGCAGAGACGGAAGCGGAUCGACGCGGCGGCCACGCCAACGGGCGGCAGCAGCCAAAUAAGAAGCCGCGCGAGUUGUAUGUGUUGGAGACCCCUGUCACGUACAUUGCGGUGGAUUUCCUCGCCAAGGUACUGGGCUCGGCCGACAUCUCCCUCGUUGCACACCUCUAUCAGCUGAACGAGACGACGAAGAAGGGCUUCCUGCUGCGCGCCAUUUCCCGCCUGCUGCGCAGCGACAUGCCCGUGUCAGGCCCACGCGUGCCGGUCAUGAAGGCGCUCCUCGACCAACCGGAGCACACGGAGUGGGUGGUGUACUCAGCCAUGGUGAGCGCCAUCCAAAACGAGAUACGACUGGGCGGCUCCUACGCCCUGCAGGAGAAGGAUGUGCAGGAGCUGUGCGCACGGCACGCUCCCCACUUCUAUGCGUGCAAGGCGCACCACGGCCGUGGCCUCGCAGAGGUGCACCGGCAGGCGGUCUUGCUGAAUGACUUCCUCGUCGCCCUUCGCUCCGUCAUUGACAAGCACCCAAAGGCGUUCUACACGGUGUUUAACGCCUCCUGCGUUGUCUUCAUUCUGCACGUUGGCAGCCACGGCGUUGGGCAGGAGGACGUCAAGACCACCGUCUGGCUCGCGCCGCGCAAGCCGCCGCGCCAAAAUGUGUUGGGCGGGUCACGCACCCCCCACCGCCUGGCCGUGGAAAAGGUCUUUGACAUGUUGAUCCAACGUCUGGGGGAGUGGCCGCUGACGCCGGCGCUCGUCACCAGCGUGCUGAACCACAUUACGACGCUCCCCUCCGUCGCUUCCAUCGUCACCUCGUACAACGUCACGGCGCAGAUUCCGGAGGGUAUGCGAGGCGUCUUUGCGGACAGCAGGGCGAGCGAGGAUGAGCAGGCGCAGCAACCGUGCCCGUGCGGCGACACCGCCGUCUCGCGGGAGGCGCCACUUUGCCUCACGCCAUUUUUGGCGGUGAUUUUAUACAUGGAGAAGUCGCAGCUGGAGUUGCUCGAGGGGUUCUUCUUUAACGUCGCGCAGAAGGCGCCCUCACGCCUGGUGCAGUUGCUGCUGCAUGCGAUCGAAGUGAUGUUGGCGGCCGCGCCCUUGCCCGCCACCCGCGACGCGGCGGAGGAAGAAGGAGGGCGCGAGGGUGUGCGGUCGCGGAAUACCUCGCCGGUGGACAUGGCGUGUAGCCUUUUGCACGUCCUGCGAAUCCUGCUGGGGGCCCCGUGGAGCUCCCUCGUGUGGCGGCUGUGCGAUGAGUUGUGGCAACGCGACGCCCUCGCGGUGCUGUAUCGCAUGGUGGAGAAGCGCUGCUGCACGAAUGAGCGGGACGCGGCGGCGCUGCUGCUGGUCAUACGACGUGUGCUGUUGGCGUACGGCAAGUGCAACGGAAGCAGCAGCAAGCGGAACGGCGGCGGCGACAAGAAAACCACCGGAGCGGAUGAUCGCCCCGACGCGGAGGGCGGUGGUGGUGGUGGUGCUGGUGGCGGCGGCGGCGCCGCGGUUUCGCCCCGGCAGCAGCCGCUGCAGCGGUUUUCCGCCGACUCGGUGCCGCCGCAGGAGUCCAGCAUGCUUCUACUCGACGAGGGCGAUGUCUCGCGGACCCCGCGCACGCAGCCCUCCGGCGCCGUGGACGACGCCUUCUUCCUAGACGACCUCGUCAGCGGGCACCACGAGCGCGGCCGUGGCGGGGGGUUGAACGGCCUCAGAGAAAGCCGGCGGAUCCAAACGCGCCGGGAGGGGGCCCUGACGGAGGUCAUGUUUGACAUUGGCGAGAUGCUGCGCCCCAUCGAGGCGGAGCUGCUGUACCACACGCAUGGCUCCUCGGGGAGCGACAGCGGGCACGAGCCGGAUGCCGCGGACGACGAGGACGCGGAGCGCCUGGGCAUCGUCGGGGCGGCGCUGGAGAGCCCCGGCCACGCCUCCACGCCCAUCUCGGUGCGGAUGAGCCUGCGGAACUUCUCGGCUCUCGCCGAACCGAGCGGCGGGGAGGACGAGGACGACGACGACGGCGACGAGGAGGAGGAGGACGACGACGACGACGACGACGACGGUAGCGGGGAGGAGGACGAAGGCGACAUGGAGGAGGCGGAGCACGACGGCAACGGGGAGGAGGAAGAGGAGGAAGAGGACGUGGAGGAACUGUCCUACGUGGUCGACUCCCCGCCCUUCCUGCGCACGGCGCCGUCCGGGAUAGUGCUGGGGUUGCCAGGGGGCCACGCAGAGGAGUUUAGCGACGUCGACGAGUGGGACUUCGCCCCGCACGACGCCGUGCUCAGCCGGGUUCCCAUCGACGACGAUGACUGGACGCUGCUCUCCGGCCAGGUUCCCUCGGCCGUGCUGGAGCUGCUCACCCGGAACCGGCGGGAUAUGCUUGAGAUGAACUACAGCGGCCUCGGCGGCAGCGACCGCCACAGCGUUAUUCCACGCAUUGUGACCCUCUGCGAGGCGAUCAACGACGCGGUGGAUUCCUUGUGGGACAAGAUGCUGAUGCUUGAGCCGCUGCCGCCGGUGCUGCACGCCCGCGAGGUGCAACCGCCUCGCUCGCUCUCUCCCCCGGCGGUGGCGGCACCGGAGUCGUGUGCGCCAGGCGGCCAGACGCCGCAGGGGCCGGGCGGCGCCACUGAGACGGCGGGAACGGAGGCGGAGGGGAGAGCGAGCGCUCGCGGCAGCGCCGACGCGGCCACCAGAGCCGGUGACGAGCACAACAGCAGGGUGGAGGGCGCCAACGCACGCAUCUGCGCGCUCUUUUUCGGCACCGCCGAUCCCGCCGCGAGCGCUGAGGCGACGGCGACGCCACCACCGAGAACCACCACCUCCUCCUUGGCCGUGCAUGUUGACGCGCCGGAAGAGUCACGGGAUUCCGCCUCCCCGCCUGCUGCUGCUGCUGCUGCUGCUACCACUACUACUACUACUACUACUACUGCCGUGGCCGAGCCGCAGAGCACGGCUGACAACGCGGCACCUCCAGAGGCCGUUGCUGCGGAGCCACCAAUGGAGCAGCAGCCGUGGUUCGGGGCAAUCGAGCCCCACUUCCUUCUGGAACUGCCAGAGUCGCUCCGCCGUGAGCUACUUUUUGACCACAUGAACCUGCUUUUGUGCGGGCAAGAGCGGGCGGAGGGGGGACAACGCACACGCAUCUACGCCGCAUUUAUGAACCAACUGCCACAAGAUGUGCGGAUGGAAGCCAUCGAAGUGGAGCAUCGCUGGCGGCGAGUUACCGGCGACGACUCGGGCGGCGGCGGGGCGCAGGGCGGUGAGGCGCCGACGUUUCUUACCGAAGUUCUCGCAACCGUCGACGCGGAGGUACGGCGUGACAUUCUGCUCACGUGCGACUUGCGAGAUCUUGAGGGGAACCCCGCCCUCCUUGCGGAGGCCACUGUGCUGCGCGAGCUUCAGAGCAUGGAGGCCCAGGGCGUUGACGAGGGGGAGGGCGGGCGCCUGCGGGGGGCACGGGACGAGGCGGACAGGGAGGGCAUUGACGUGGCGUCUGGGGCGAUGCGGUACAACGAACUGUUUCGGGCGCCGCCGGAGGACCCGCGGUUUCCGUGGUUUUUGCAGCGCCAAGUGCUUGGGGAAAACAUCGGCCGUCCCUCUCGCCUGGGCCGCGCGGAGGCGCCGCCCGCGGGCAGCGGCGGCAACCACAACAGCAGCAGCGCGGAAAAUGGCGGCAACGGGACCCGCCGCCCGGGACGCCCGCCGCGGGGCCACAACCGCAUGACCGAGGCCGUCCUCAACUCCCGCAUUCGUCUGCUGCAGAGCCGCUACACUCGCGAGGAGAAGGUGCCGCUGCCCCCGGACCGUCAAAGCGGUGAAAUGGGCGCGCACGCCCCUGUUCCCCCCGUCCCCAUUGCGGUGCUUCGGCAGCUUAUGGAACUGAUUUGCUUCGCCAAGGGCGGCUUCCCGUCGCUGGACUACGGGUGCGCCUCCUCGAGCCUCUCCGUGAGCUCCCAGCUUGUGGUGCUGCUCAUAACGGUGUGCGGGAACACGGCAACCGCGACGGAGGCGUUAGUGAACCUGCUCGAUGUGGCCCUGGAUGGGCCAUCGGCGAGCACUCUCGCCGUUGCAGCGCCGGAGGAGCAGGCGAGGCGCGACUGUGGCCGCAUUGCGGUUCAGGUGGUGUUUGUCGUGGAGAAUUUGAUUGAGCGCUGCCGCGCUGCCGGACUGAGUUUCACGAUGCUCCCCGACGGUGUUGAGGAGGGCGGGCCGCCUAAGCCCGUGGACGAACCGUACGAUGAGGCGGAGCGGCGGGCGAUGGACGCGGGCCUCUUCCGACGGCUUGUGGAGGUCGUCUUGCGAUUUCCGUCGCCGCGCGCGGAGUUGUCCUUCACCCGGAUAGCUGCGGCGCUUAACGAGCAGCUGCGGGCGCUUGAGGAGGACAAAGUGAGGCCGCGGUCCCCGCGGGCGCCGUCCCCCACGCCUUUGUCCAGAACGCGCAUUCUGCACCCCCGCCACGCCCACGUGCUGCAGUGGACAAGUCUCUGCCAGUAUCCCUGCCCGGACGGCAACUUUGUCUGCGACUGUUGCGCCACGAAGCUGCUACACGACACCUUUGCCUUCUGCUGCUCAAGCUGCCACUACGUGCUUUGCCCGCAGUGCAGACUCGUGACGCUGACGGCGGAGGAGCAGGCGCGGCGCGUGCGUCGUUGCGCCUACGCGCUUGUGACGUCAAACGGUACCCUGCAGACGGCCGCGCGGCUCCUUGCCAACCCAAGCUGCACAAGCGAGAUGGCGCUGCGGACGGUGCAGCUGCUCCGGCGCGGCAUCAUGGAAAGCGCACGCCGCGACACCAUGUUUGGGGACAAUGACAGCCCCAUUGCGGUGGUGGAGCGCAUUAUCGUCGGACUCGCAAAGGAGCUCACGGCGGAGGUGCAUACGCGGGUCAAUGCGUUCCGCAGCGCCUUCCCGAACAAGGUGUCCGGGGGCCCCGGCGCGGUGGCGGCGCCCGCCGGCAGCGGCUUCAUCAGCGGCGGCGAGGCGGCGGGCAGGGAGUGGACCCCACAGGAGGCGAGCGUGGCGCUUUCCCACCUGAACCUGAGCUGCACGGCGAGCCACCUGCACGCGUUUUUCCUGCCGUACGCCGAGACGCAUCGGCCGGAGCUGCGCGAGGUGUCGUUGAUGUGGCACGCCUCACAGAUGUACCUUGCCGAGGUGGCGUCCAUCUUGCAGCGGCAGCAGAAUAGUUUCUCGGUGCUGCUGCCGCACGCGGUUCUCCUCCUCUUGACGCGGUUCUGCCAGUUCCACAUGACGGAGGCGCGGCGGGGGUCGUGCUCCACGAGUGUGGGGCUGGAGAGCCACAGCGGCACCGCGGUGGAGAAGACGGAGACGGAGCGGUUCAUGCUGGACACCACACACACGCCGUCCAGCGUUUCUGAGGCCGCCGUGAACGCGCUCGCACGCGCCGAGGCGAGGCAGCAGCAGCAGCAACAACAACAGCAGCAAGAACAACAACAAUCGCGGCAAGCUGGACGAUCGCAUCCGCCGCGGCGGCCCAUCUCAGAGGGCGGAAGUGGCGAGGCAGCCGAAUCGACGCGCGACGAGCGGUCUGCGUUGCCCCGUCUGGUGCGGCAGUUUGUGGAGCGCAAUAAGAUGACCAUCAACACCCUCAUCCAGUACGACCCGAAGCUGCUGGAGGAGAGCUUUGCCUUCCUGAAGGCGGAGCCCGGGUUCAUUGACUUCAAUAUUCGGCUGCUCGACUUCCAGCGGCACAUAAGCCACACCACGCACGGGUCCCGCAUUAGCCUGAGCAUCAGCCGCGAUCAGUGCCUGCGCGACAGCUUCGCCCAGCUCUCCAAGCUGAAGAGCUUCCACGGCGCCCUGAAUGUGCGCUUCCGCGGCGAGGAGGGCGCCGACGCGGGCGGGCUGACGCGGGAGUGGUUUCAGCUCCUCGCGGAGGAGAUGGUGAACGACAACUACGCCCUCUUCAUCCACUCCCGCGAGGGGAUGACGUACCGGCCGAACCCCUUCUCCGACGUCAACCCAAACCACCUGCACUACUUCAAGUUCGCCGGCACGGUGGUGGGCAUGGCGGUCGCCCACGGCGUCCCCCUCGACGUGCACUUCACGCGGGCGGUGUACCGUCACAUGACGGGCGUGCAGCCCAUCUUCCGCGACCUCGAGAGCGUCGACCCGGAGCUGUACGACAACCUCAAUUGGCUCCUGCGCAACGACGUCAACGACCUGGGGCUCUUUUUCACCGUCAGCUGCGAGCGCUUUGGCGUCGUUCAGGAGACCGAGCUGGUGCCGAACGGGGGGCACGUUGCCGUGACCAACGCGAACAAGUCCCAGUACGUGCGGCUGCGUUGCGAGUUUCACAUGACGCGGCAAAUUGAGCAGCAAAUGGAGGAGUUUCUCAAGGGCUUCUACACCGUCAUCCCACGGAAGGAGAUACGCAACUUUACGGCGCAGGAGCUCGAGCUCGUCAUCUGCGGCAUGCCCGACAUUGACGUGGAGGACCUGCGGGUGCACACGCUCUACGACGGCUACACCGCCACCUCGCCGCAGAUCCGGUGGUUUUGGGAGGUGGUCGCGUCCAUGACAAAGGAGGACCGCGCAAACCUGCUGCAGUUCGCCACCGGCGCGUCGAAGGUGCCGCACGGAGGGUUCAGCAACUUGGAGUCGGCGAGCGGGGCGACGCAGCGGUUCACCAUCACGCGGUGGGGCGACAGCGUCGACCUGCUCCCGCAGGCGCACACCUGCUUCAACAAGAUUGACCUGCCGGAGUACCCGAGCUGCGAGGAGCUGCGGCGGAAGCUGAUGCUGGCCAUCACCUUCGGCAGCAGGGGGUUCGCAAUGCUCUAG